UUAUUUAAAGUAUUCCUUGUGUUUAUAUCUACCCGAUUUUGGUUAUGGUAUCCUCCCGGCAAUUAAGGGUGAAAGGUCAAACAAAGAUGGCGUCCGCAGUUUAGAAAUCUGAGAAUUCCUCGCAUCACUGCUUAAGUUUUACCGUUUUAUAAAACUAAACAACAUGGGUGUCACAUGUGUGAGCCAGUGGCCGGUGCCUGAUGGGAAGAGUGGACAGCAGGCUGUGGAGAUGUUACAGCGACGACUGGAGGCCACCGGAGCCACCAAGGCAGGGUCCUUCUGUGUGGACUGUGAAACUUAUAUGUCAGGACAGUCCAUCACUCCAUCUAAAACAGCCCAUGUGAUGCACAGCACAGGACACCCCCUCACCUGUUUUGCCAUCAUGGACUCAGGCACAUGUCUUGUAGCUGACAGUAACUUUGACCAGCUCAUGACAAAACUCAAGGGUUUUUACGCUCCAAGGAAAGGAGCUAAGAUUGAGGUGAAGGGACCAAGAUACGAGUAUGUAGACUUCAUAGUGAAGAUUGGAACUGUGACAACUGGACCAACGGCAAGCUCCAGAGGAAUACUAGUAGAGGUUGAAUACACACCAUGUGUGGUACCAAAUGACUGUUGGAGUCUCCUAACAGAGUUCAUGGGAACAUUCAUGGGAGACAACAAGCCAGCUAUCCCACAAGUCCUAGCCAGCAAGCAGGAUGGGAUAUACUCCCCAACAGACACCAUCCUGCAGUACUUAGAACACUUCAACAACUACAGAAAAAGCACAGGGAACAAGUAGAGACAAACAGCUGAUGUGAUAUUUUAUUUUUCUAUAUUUCUUAAUGCACUGUUUCUUAUCACUAUCUAAGGCCAUGUAGGUUAAAACCUCCUUGUUAACAACAAACUAUAAUAGCAACAACAGUUCUGAGUGCUACCAGGCUCCAAAUUCCGAUCUGUCAAUCAUAUAUAAUAUGAAUUUGUAAUGUUCAAGUCCACAACUGUUACCAUAACAUGAUUUAACUUCAAACUUCAUUCUAAUCUUGAUUGAUUCCUUAUCUAAUAGCCUAAUAUAAGUUAUUAGCAGCUCUUCCAACACCAAUUUUUUUUGGACAGCUUAAACUAUUACAAUAGUGUUGUCACUAUAACAAGAUCUAGAGGUAAAAUAUGCCAAAUCUAUGUCACACUCAGUGAUUUCAAACAAAUAGUUCAAUAAAAUUGUCC